AUGGUGUCUGAGCUCGAGCGGCAGGUGCAGCUGCAGCGCAGCAGCAGCAGCAGCAGCAGCAGCAGCAGCAGCAAAAGCAAGCGUGGGAUCGUGUCGUUUAUGUACGAUCCCAGGGAUGCAGCGCUGCUGGACCGCUACACAGUGCAGCAAGCAGCAGCAGCAGGACUGGAGGUGCUGCAGCAGCAGCAGCCCCUGCUGCAGCUGUUCGCUUGCUUCUUUUCGCCUGAGCAGCAGCUGCUGCAGCAGCAGCAGCAACAGGACCUGCAGCGCGAGCAGCAGCAGCUGCAGCAGCUGCGCGUCUUGUGCUCUCUUCUCUCCCCAUUCUUCCUGCAGCAGGAGGCUCACUGCUGCAUUGAGUUGCUGCUGCAGCAGCAGCAGCUGCACGAGAGGGACCCUGAGGCGCUGCUGCUGCUGGCGCUGCCGUUCUAUGAGACGCUGCUGUUCAGCCGUUUGCUGCUGCUGCUGCAGCUGCAGCACAACUCCCCGUGGCUGCCGCUGCAGCAGCAGCAGCGGCAGCACCAAGACCUGGGCAGCCCAGUCUCGAAGCAGCAGCUGCAGCGCGUGAUGCUGCAGCAGCGAGGUGCUUGGGAAGCUGUUGCUGCUGCUGCUGCUGCUGCGCUGCAGCCGCUGGAGCAGCAGCUGCUGCGCUGCGGGAUAUCCGUGCCUCCCGACCUUGCUGCUGCUGCUGCUGCUGUUGAUGGGCGGCUGCUGCACUUGCCGCUGCUGCGGCUGUUCUCCUCUGUGGGGUCUGCUGCUGUUGCUGCAGCAGCAGGGCAGCAGCUGCGGCGCCUAGCCCCCCCGCUGCUGCAGACAGUCUUUGCUGCUGUGCGGGGCCCUGCUGCUGCUGCUGCAGUUUACCCGGAGGUGCAGCAGCACAUGCUGCUGCUGCUCUGCCGCUUAGUGAAGAAGACGCCGCUGCAGCAGCAGGCGCUGCUGCGCAUCAUUAGCUGCCUGCUGCAGCCGCUGCUGGUGCUGCAGCAGAAACAGCAGCAGCACCUGCUGCUGCCGCAGACAGUUCAGGCCGUGGAGGUGCUGCAGCUUAUCGCGCAGCAGCAGCAGCAGCAACUGCUGCUGCUGCAGAGGGAACAGCUGCUGCUCCUCACCAGAUUGGAAAAGUUUCCCCAAGCAGUGCAGGAGGUGUUGUCAAUGGGGUGUACUGACGCCUGCGCCUUCCUGGGGCUCCUCUUCCGGUCAGCGCUGCGGCAGCUGCUCGCAGAGACACAGCAGCAGCAGCAGCAGCAGCAGCAGCAGCAGCAGCAGGAAGGGCUAAGCCCUUUCGGCGAGCAGUUACUGCGGCUGCUGGUGAGGAUGUGUGCGCUGAAGCAGCAGCAGCAGCAGCAGCAGCAGCGGCAGCAGCAGCAGCAGCGGGCGAGAGCAGCUCCCCAUGCUGUUUGUAUCUCUUUGGCUAUAAUUGACGCUUUCUGUGGGGCUCCAGCUGCUGCUGCUGGCAGCAGCAAACGCAGCAGCAGCAGCAGCUGCUGCGACAGCAGUGACGGCGAGACUUCUGCCAGCAGCAGCAGCCCUAGAAGCUGCGAAGGCAGUUGCAGCAGCAGCAGCGGCAGCAGCGGCAGCAGCAGCAGCAGCAGCAAACAGUCAGAUGUGCCCCGCGGCUUCUUGUUGCUGCUGCAGCAGCUGCUGCAGCGGCUCGACGCAGCCAACCCGCUGGCGCUUCCUGCUGCACUCACCAUAGCAGCUCAGCAGCAGCAGCAGCAGCAGCACGAGGCGCUGCAGCUGUUUCUGUCUGCGGCAUUCAAAGGCUUCGCUUCUGUUGCAGUGCCACUGAAGGUGAAACCUGCUGCUGCUGCUGCUGCUGGCAGCAGCAGCAGCAGCAGAAUUUCUUUAUUAUUCGCGUUGAGUGCUGCCGAUGCGGCACUGAGGCUUCAUGCAGUCCGUGCUGCUAAUGCAGUGCUGCAGCAGCAGCAGCAGCAGCAGCAGCAGCAGCAAGAGACCGACUCCGGUGAAGCAGCAGCAGACAGCCGGCCCCGCCUUUUGGCCUUUUUGUUGCUGCAGCGAAUAGCGGAUGAUGAUAUAGAAGUUUCGACUGAAUUGCCAGCAGCAGCAGCAGGUGAAGCAGCAGCAGAAGCAGGAGCAGCGGGUGCUGCAGCAGGGACAGCUGUUGGUCUGCACUGGCUCUUGUCUGCUGCGCUGCUGGAGUUUGUUGAGAGCAGCUCCCGCCAUCCUGCUGCUGCAGCAGCAGCAGGAGCAGCAGCAGUGGCGACGGUGUCUGGCAAGGCACCAGCAGCAGCAGCAGCAGACGCAGCAGCAGCUGCCGCUGCAGCGCACAACGCCCUGCUUCCCCCAGGGGUCCCUGCGCAGCAGCUGGUGCUGCAGGCAGGUCGGACAUACGAGGCCAUUCUUGUGGCGGAGCAGCAGCAGCAGCAGCUGCUGCUGCAGCAGCAGCGGCAGCAGCAGCAGUGCUUAGGUGCUCUAGCCCGUGCUGCAGUUGCUUCCUUCUGCAGCUUCCUAGGUUCUGCGCUUUUGCCAGGCGACGCGUCGCAGCUGGCAGGAAUGCUGCAGCAGCAGCAGCAGCAACACCAGCAGCAGCAGCAGCAGCAGCAGGCGGCAGCCAUACUUGGCUUGCUGCUGCUGGGCCUAGCGGAUGCUGAGGCAUUCGCGCAGCCAUUGGCUCUCGUGACCUCUUGCCUGGGGCAGCAGCCGCUGCUGCUGCUGUCGUUUCUUGCUGCAGCAGCAGCAGCGGCGCAUAAGCGCAUUGCGAGCAGCCAGCAGCAGCAGCAGCAGCAGCAGGGCCGGGCAAGCAGCGGACAGUUGGCAGAAGAAGCUGAAGAGGUCGAGAAGCAAGAGGAGAGACCGCAGCAGCAGCAGCAGCAGCAGCAGCAGCAGCAGUCUUCAUUUUUGGAUGCUGCCGUGCCGCUGCAGCAGCCCGCAGUGCUGCUCGAUGCAUGCGUUGCUGCGCUGCAGUUGCAGCUGGAGCUGAUUGCUUCUCCUGCAGCAGCAGCUCCCGCAGCAGCAGCUCCGCUGCUGCCCCCCCCAUCUGCAGCAGCAGCAGCAGCAGCAGAAGUGGCUGCACUUCUUGCUGCUAGCUGUGUGGCGCUGCUGGGGUCUUCCGUCGAGUCUGUUCGUUUUGCUGCAGCAGCGCUGCUCAAGCGGCUGAACAGACUUGCUGCUGCUCACCGCAGCAGCAGCGGCCAAAGCAGCAGCAGCAGCAGCAGCAGCAGCAGCAAAAGCAAACCCGCAGCAACAGCAGCGCAGGAAAUCCUGCAGCUGCUGCUGCCGCUGGGCCUGGUUUCUGCGGAGUGGCGCGACUGCAGCAACAGCGAUGAAGCGCAGCAGCUGCUGCUGCAUGCGAACUCCAACUUCGCUGCCUUUGCUGCUGAAGUGCUGGCGUCACCGUUGCUUCCCGUGAAGCCACUGCAGCAGCUGCAGCAGCAGCAGCAGCAGCAGCUUUCUUCCAGCGCAGCAGCGUACUAUGUGCUGCUGCUGCUGCUGCUGCCAAGGCAGCAGCAGCUCGUCGUCGCCCCGCUGCAGCGCCUGUGGGACUCCGCAACUCUGCUGAAGCUGCUGCUGCCUCUAGCCAGCGGUUUGCUGCUGCGCAUCCUCUCCAGCAGCAGCAGCGAUGGCAGCAGCAGCGAUGCCAGCAGCAGCAGCAGCAGCAGCAGGACGAUGCCACGCACAAGAGCACAAGCUCGCGCUGCUGCUCUGCAGGCCUCAGAUGCUGCUGCAGCAGCUCCAGCAUCUGCAGCAGCUGCAGCAGCAACUGCAGCAGCAACUGAAGCAGCAGAUGCGCAGGAAUACGUACUGCUGCAGCUGACCUGGCAGCAGCUGCAGCUGCUAGCUGCGAGUGAAGUGGAAUCAGCGCAGCAGAAGCUUGCUGCUCUGCUGAGCAGCGAAUUGGCGGAGCCUCUAGCUGCUGCUGUUGCUGCUGCUGUCGAGCGCCAACAUGCAGCAGCAGCAGCAGCAGCAGCAGAAGCGGAAGAUGAGGAACUGGAGGGAGCGCAGCUUCCCGCUGCUGUGCUGCAGGCGAUUAGGGAGCUGCUGUUGCUGCAGCAGCAGCAGCAGCUACGAACCCUGCCGAAGCAGCGGCUGCUGCUGCUGCUGCGCCUUGCCACCCCAGCAGCAAAAUGCCCUGCACUUGCUGCAGUGCUGCGCAGCAGUGCUGUUGCUGCUGCAGCAGACUCAGCGCCGCUGCCGCCGCAGCAGCUGCAGCAGCUUGCUGAUGAGAUUGCUGUGAGCCGCAGCAGCCCUGGAGCAGCAGCAGCAGCAGCAGCAGCAGCAGCAGCGGGGUCGACGCCGCGCCGCAGCAGCAAACGGCUAGCUGCUGCCGAGGCACAAAAGGGACUGACCGACAACAGCAGCAGCAGCAGCAGCAGCAGCAGCAGCAACAUUUGCUGGUGCAGCGGGGCCGAUGUCAUUCUGUCGGAUAUUCUGGGGGAUAUGCUGCAGCAGCAGCUCACGCGCCCCUCGGUUUUGCUGCAGCAGAGCUAUGCGCCGAUGCUGCAGGUGCUGCAGCACAUUUUUGCUGCCUUGGAACGGCUGCUGCCUGCAGCAAAAGCAGCAGCAGCGACAAGAGCAGCAGCAGCAGAUGCAACAGCAGCAAGCCGGGUUCGCCGCGUGACGGCGCAGCUUUUCAUUUGCUGCAGCGCUCAGUUUGCUGCUCUCAGGUCUCGGUUGCUUAUGCAGGGCAGCAGCAGCAGCAGCAGCAGCAGCAAGGAGAAGCAGCAGCAGCAGCAGCUCCUGCGCGUUCUGCAGCAGCGCUGCAUGGACGUCGCGGAGCAGCACCAGCAGCUUUUAGAUGCUUCAACCUUCGCUGCUGUUCUCCGCUGCUGCACUGCAGCAGCAGAUCUGCUGCAUGCCCAGCAGCAGCAGCAGCAGCAGCAGCAGAAGCUCGUAGUGAUACGACAACUGCUGCUUGAGUUCGUCAACAGCUGCUGCAGCAUAGACCCCUCGCUGCUGCUGCAGCGCUCCUCCCUCAGUGCUGCGUGCGCAGUGCUGCACAGCCUAGCAGCAAAGGAGCAGCAGCAGCAGCAGCAGCAGCAGCAGCAGGAAGAGGCGGAAGGGCAGCAGCAGGAAGAUGGCAGCAACGGCGGGACAGGGGCCUUUGCUGCGGAGAUGUCUGUCUGCUGCUUAGCGCCGCUUGCUGCUGCUGCUUUUGACUGCUCACUUCAGGAAACGCUGCAGCAGAAGCAAAGAGCAGCAGCAGCACGGCAGCAGCUGCUGCCAACUGCAGCAGCCUUGACGCAAGCAGCAGGGGCUUCCUCCCUAGACGGCUGCGUUGCUGCGCUGCUGCUGCAGUGGGAGUGUGCUGCUGCAGCGCGAAAGAGACUGAUGCGGCAGCAGCAGCAGCAGCAGCAGCGACAGCAGCAAGACACUGACGAUGAGGAGGCAGCAGCUGAAGAUGCUGAAGAAGCUGAAGAGAGCAGCAGCAGCAGCAGCAGCAGCAGCAGCAGCAGCACGCAGUGGGAGACACGAGAACAAGCAUUCCGCAACUUGCAGGAGUUGCUGGUGCAGCAGCUGCAGCAGCAGCCGGCGCUGCUGCAGCACAGAGCGGCGAGGAUGUACGGCUUUGCGCUGCUGCUGCAGUGCCAGUCUGUAGCCCUUGCUGCUGCUGCUGCUGGGUCGGCCGGCGCAGCAGCAGAAGCAGCAACAGCAGCAGCAGAGUUCAAGGGCGCAGGCGCUGUUGCUGCUGCAAGUGGUUUGCUGCAGCACAACAGAGAUGUGCUGCGGUGUACUUACACCCCGUGCCACACGUUGUGGGCGUCGCAGCUGCAGUCAAGGGCAGCAGCAGCAGCACCAGCUGCUGCUGCUGCUGCUGCUGCUGCAGUAGCAACGCGGGCAGCAAUUAGCUGCGUUGCUGUUGCUGCUGAGGUGUGGAGGUACUGCGGCGGCGGCAAGGAUGCAUUUGCUGCUGCUUCUGAAACGCGUGCUGCAGCAGCAGCAGCAGUCAACGCGCUGCUUGCUUUGCGGACUCUGUCAGCAGAAAAGCUUCCUCUCCAGUCAAGAGAUGCAGCAGCGCGUUUGCUGCUGCGGCGGCAGCAGCUGCUGCUGGACUGCGCAGACGCAGCGCUUGAACACGUCCUGAGGGGGUGCUCUCCAGAAUUCGGGUCGCUGCUGCUGGCUCUGGACGUUUGGAAUGUCCCGGUGGGGUGCAGCGAGGCAAUGGCUGUGGACGGGCCUGCUGCAGCAGCAGCUGCAGCAGCAGCAGCAGCAGCAGAAGAGGACAGCAAGCUGCUGCUGCUUGUGCAGGGCUUGGAGGCCGUGGGUGCGCAGCGGCUGCUGCUGCUGCUGCAGCGCAAGGUGACUGCUGCAGCAAAGACAGUUGUUGCAGCAGAAGCAGCAGCAACAGACAGGGCCCAGCAGCAGCAGCAAAAGCAGCAGCGAACGAAGAGGCAGCGCGCUGCUGCUGCUGAUUUGGUUUCCGUGGGAGGCCGAGGAUGGAGAGAAUUGCUGCAGAGUUCAUCUGUGCGCCGCGAGGAGCUUUUGGGAGUCUACGACAGCUUCUUGCGUCUCAUGAAGGCCUGCUGCAGCACCAGCAGCAGCAGCGCCACCUCAGCAGCAGCAGCAGCAGCAGCAGCAGCAGCGCAUCGGCAGGCGUGGCGGCUGCUGCCACCACUGGCACUGUUGUCUGCAGCACAAGUCCCUGGACCUUUCGUCGCGCACGCGGUGCCCCUUGUGCUGCAGUCUCUUGCUGCUGCUGCAUCCCUGCAGCAGCAGCAGCAGCAGCAGCAGCACGAGGAGCUGCUGCAAGGCAUGGUGGACAGCUGCAAGCUGCUGGUGGCUUUGGGGCAGCGCGUGGAGCGAGCCCUUGCUUGUCGCAUUAACGAGCUGCUUGCUGCUGUUCUUGCUGCUAUUCAGGCGGUUACAGCAGCAGCAGCAGCCGCAGCAGCAGCAGCAGCAGCAGCAGGUGGCAGCUCUGCUGCUGAGCUGCUGCGCAUGCAAGAGGCUCUGCACGCAGGGCUGUGGGCCCUUGUGUGUCUUUGUGGCCGCCACGGCAGCCUCCUCCUGAGCCAGCAGCAGCAGCAGCAGCAACAAGUGGACCUGCAGCAGCAGCUGCAGCGGGAAGUGCUGCUGCAGCCGCAGCUGUGUCUUCUCGCGGAGCUGCAGCGGCCGCCUGAGCUGAGGCUUCUUUGCUUAGGAGAUGCUUCGGAACUAGCAGAAGCAUUUACACAAAGUGAGAGGCACAGUUUGCUGCUGCAGACUUUGGGGCUGCAGCAGCAGACGCAGCAGCAGCAGCAGCAGCGGCGCCGCCAGCAGCUGCUGCUGCGGCUGCCAGCAGACCCCAUGCAUGCGCUUGCUGCUACCCUUCUCACUGCAGCAAAACCUGCGGCGCUGCUGCAGGCCGUGCUGCCGCAGCUGCGCGCCACUGGGGCGCGCCUCGCUGCUGCCAUCAGCAGCAGCAGCAGCAGCAGCAGCAGCAGCAGCAGCAGCAGCGUGGGGGUGGCUUCGUUUGAAGUGUCUAGACAGCUGGAGCUGCUGGCCAUGGCUGUCAGCUGCCUCUCUCUGGCGGAGGCGCAAAAGAGACAGGCAGCGCUGCAGCAGCUGGCGCUGCUCGCAGUGAACCUCGUGACUGCUGCUGCAGCACAGUUUGACGAGCAGCAGCAGCAGCAGCAGCAGCAGGAGCAGCAGCAGCAGCAAGAACCCGCUGCGGGCAAAGCUUUUGUGGAGUUCUACGGGGGGCACAUAGACGAGACCCAUGCGACUGCUGUGUGGGGCUCAAGCAGUGGAUCAGCGCUGCAGCAGCAGCAGCAGCAGAAGCAGCAGGAUGAAGCAGCAGCAGCAGCAGCAGCACUGGCGCCGCCACCGCGGUCAUACAUUUGGAGAAUGGAAGCUGCUGCUGUUUCCUUCGUUUGCUGCUGGGCGCUGAAGCAUGACAUGCAGCAGCUGCGGGAAUACCUGCAGCAGGUGCUGCAGCUGCUUCGCUUUUCCAAGCCGCUGCUGCUGCAGCAGCCGCAGCAGCAGCAGCAGCAGCAGCAGCAAGCACUGACAACGCAAGAAGCAGGAGGGGCCCGACUGUAUGCCCUCAUUGUCACGGAGCUGCUGCGCUCUUAUGGGGAGGCAGGAGCAGCAGAAGGGCUGCUGCAGGACGCAGCAGCAGAUCUUGCUGCUGCUGUUGACGCAGCAGCAGCUGCUGUGCACAAGCAGCAACAAAACAUAGCAGCAGAAAAUCGUAGCCGCAGGAAGCAAAAGCAAGCCGCAGCAGUAGACAGCAGCAGCAACAGCAGCAGCAGCAGCAGCAGCAGCAGCAGCAGCACCGCGGCGCCAUGGUGGAUCUUUGAGGUUUGCUCUCCUGCGCUGGCGGCAUUGGGUGAAGGUCUGCAAUGCUGGAACCAAAAGACGAACGGCCCCCUGCCGGAGCUGCUGGUUGAAUCAGCAGCAGCAGCUCUCGUUGACGGCCUGCGGUGUCUGGGAUGCUGGCGCGCUUUGCCCGUGUCUGUGGGGGAGCCAGAAGCACUUGACGAAGCAAUUGCUGCAGCAGCAGCAGCAGCAGCAGCAGCAGCAAAGCACAGCAGCAGCAAGGGAAGGGGCCUGCUGGUACCGCUGCUGUGGUUCAAGCUGCUGCAGCGCCUCGCCGUGCGGCUCUUUGACUUGCUCUUCGAUGAUCAUAAGCGGCUGGAGGCCGUUUGCUCUCGCGUGCUGCUGUCGCGGGAAGGAGCAGCAGCAGCUGUGGGGCGGGGAGUUGUGCUGCUGCUGCAGCAGCUGUGGGUGGCGCACGGCACUGCCUUUGCUGCUGCAGCAGCAAGCUGCUUCUCCGAUGCUGCAGCAGCACUUAUGGAAGCAGCAGAUGAAGAAACAGAAGCAGCACUUAAGGCUCUCCUCCGGGAAGUUGACUGCAGCACGGGACUUGGCCUCAGCAGCAGCUCGAAAGCCUAA